GUUGUAGUCCCACAUGAGAUGGAGGCUCAGACAGUCACAUGGUUGGUUUUAAUGGCCCUAAUAAAAUAUGUUUCUACAAAUAAGCCUGGAAGUCCUGCUGAAUACCCGCCCACUGAACCUAAACUGUCUAUGAGGUCUGAGGUCACAGAAGGUCAGACCAUCCCCAUCAGCUGCACUGCUGAAAGUUUCCCACAGUCAACUCUCACCUUGAUGAGGACCAACACAAAUAAUCAGGCUGAAAUAAUCACUGAAAAUAAUCUUAAUUCACGACCCAUCAACUCUCUCUCCCACACGUUUAAUGUGACUUCAUCCGACGCUGGCUGGUACGUCUGCCGUGCCAAGAACACUGAGGGCUCAAAGGACAGCAAGCAGCAGGAGUUGGUGGUGAAAUACCCGCCCACUGAACCUAAACUGUCUAUGAGUUCUGAGGUCACAGAAGGUCAGACCAUCACCAUCACCUGCACUGCUGAAAGUUUCCCACAGUCAACUCUCACCUUGAAGAGGAUCGACAAAUAUCAUCAGACUUUAGAAGUCACUGAAAAUAAUCUUUAUUCACGACCCAUCAACUCUCUCUCUUACACGUUUACUGUGACUUCAGCCGACGCUGGCUGGUACUUCUGCCGUGCCCAGAACACUGAGGGCUCAAAGGACAGCAAGUGGAAGGAGUUGUUGGUGAAAUUUUCUCCAAAACACACACACAUCACGGAGUCGGCAGAGAAGCAGGAGCUUGACGGGAGGAGCUCUGUGAUGCUGAUCUGCUUCAGUCACAGCUUUCCCCCAGUCCAACACUACUCAUGGUACAGGAAGAGUCAGGGAGAGGAACAGGAUGAACUUGUGUCAGAGCAUCAAAACCACAUUGUUUACUCAAACCAGUCAGGAGUCUACUACUGCAUCGCACAAAAUGAAGUAGAUCAAAGUUCGUCUGAUCCCGUCCAUCUGUUUGAACCCACAGGAGACUAUCUGGAGAACCUGAGGUUCCUCGUUGUUGCUCUACUUCUCCUGAUGAUUAUCAGUGUAAUUGUCGUAAAUUUAAGAUACUGGAGGAAAUCUGUUCAACAAGGAACAACAAACACCAAAUCCCCUUCUGGUUUUUCGAAUGAACCAGAGAGCCUGCAGGACUAUGAAAACAUUAGUAAUGCAACUGCACGUGCACCAACAUCUUCAAAUCUGUUUGACGACCACACCAGUGAAGGUGAAGUGGAGCUGAACUUUCCACAGGUGAGAUUCACAGCGACGCCCCGACGUCAGACGACCAACAGAGACUCCAGCAGCUCACACCAAGAUGAGAGUUAAUACUCUGACGUCAGGAUUUGACCCGAGAUGUUCUCGUCCUGCUUUUUACAGCUACCUCAGGCCUGAGGAAGUUUAUAUUCACAAUAA